CUCUGUCGACAUAGACUUGUUGUCCUGUCGUUGGCUCAUAAAACUACGGAAUCUUCUGUGACACAUCGGGUAUUUAGAAAAAAGGAAAUCCACUAUCGGUUGCCGUCGCUACAGCUGAGAAAAUUCUUUGCUAUGGCCCGGUACUUGGUGAGGAUCGUUCUCUUGGGGGCCCAGUCGAUUGGCAAGGCGUUCGCGAAGACGGUGCGUCAGGAGGUCGAAGUUUACAGGGAGGCAGCCCGGGUGCAUGCAGCGCAGUCCGCCACCUUUAAUCCCACCAAAACCGAUGCUGCGCUCAAGGGUAUGACGCUGGAAGAGGCGCAGCUGAUUCUGAACGUAAAGGAUGUGCUGGAUCGCGGAGAAGUCGAGAACAAGUUCCAGUACUUGUUUCAUGCCAAUCAGAAGAAGGCAGGCGGAUCGUUCUACAUUCAAUCGAAGGUCGUUCGGGCCAAGGAACGUAUUGAUCAGGAGAUCAAGAAGUGGGAGGCCCAGACCGUGUCUCAGUCAGAGUCCAAGUAGCAAAACCGCAAAAUACAACACAAAAGUCGGCCAACGCAAAUACACGGACACUAUGAUGCAACAAUACAGCUAGGAAAGCCCUGUAAACUGAUGUGACGCUCUCCGUAGGAUGGAACAAUUUCUACUUCCACGAAUCACAAGGCGACACUACUUAAUCUGGCGAACAAUCUACUCUGGUACACAGCCAUCCUUGACGGACAGCGUACAGCUUUUGACGGGCUUUCCUAGGUCUUUAUAGCGGUGACAUACAUUGGAGGUGACAUAUGUACAUACACGCAAAUAUUCACGCACUACACAUUCACAAUUUCUCGUUAAAUAACUGGAGGCUAAUGGCGAGACCUUUGGCAUGGCGAACACACAUUUUAAUGUUUGAAACAAUUCUAGCAUGUAAAUAAAUAUAA